AUGGUGUUUCAACUCAAAUUCAGCAAGAGGAACCACGUGCAAUACCAGUUCACUGCUUGGUCCAUAGGCCUUAAUUUGUGUUUGCAAGAUGUGUGCAAGUUAUUUCGUCUGAUACAAGAUGCCAUAGACUUGGUCCGGAAAGCUGUCCAUAUUGUCAACAAAUCGCCAAAGAGAGCUGAAAUCUUCAAUGAAAAGCAAAUGGAGGAUGAGGAAACAAUCUUUUAUGGCCACCAGAAUCUUAAAACUCUUUGCCCAACUCGUUGGACAGUUCGAAGUGACGCUAUUAAAGCUGUACAUGUCUUGGACAACUACGAGGCUCUAAAAGAAACCUGCAACGAUGUUGUUGACGAAGGUGGAAAUGUUGCUCUAAAAGCAGAUGGUAUGCUUAGAAGACUCAAGAAGUUCUCAACUCUGUUUGGUUUAAGAUUGUCCUACCUUGUGUUUAGUCCAGGUGAAGAAUUAUCUAGAACCUUGCAGAGUAAAGAUUGCAACAUCCAAGAGGCUAUUAAUUCUUCCAAUCUUACAGGCAAUUAUUACAAGCGCAUGCGUUCAGAUAAAGAGUUUAACGGUUUCUACGACCGCGUAGUAAAGGAGUCCGAAGGUAAAACGAAAGCUCCAUUUCUCGCGCGGCAACGAAAAGUACCAGCAAGAUUUGAUGAUGGUGCUCCAGGGCAUGACUUCGGCAGCCCAAAAGCAUUUCACCGCCAGCAAUAUUUUGAAGUUCUCGAUCUUGUAUAUCCAGAUCUUGUUCGGCGAUUUGACCAGAAAAGCUUCACGUUGCUUCGAGAUAUAGAACAACUACUUUUAAGAGCUGCCAAUGGAAAUCAAUUUGUCAUUAAAGAAACGAUUUCUGACAUUUACGCGAACGAUCUUGACUUGGAUCGCCUAGAGUUACAUUUGAAGAUGCUGCCCGAUCUGGUUAAAUGUUCGAAUUCUGCAGUGCCAAUAAAGGAGGUCACCAAACUUGAAACCCUGUGCAGUUUAAUUGCUGAAAAUCCCAACAACCGUAAAUUGUUUUCCGAGGUUGACAAGCUGCUUAGGCUAUUCCUUACAGUUCCAGCAACUAGCGCAACGGCGGAACGUACGUUCUCAAUGCUCAGGAGACUGAAAUCGUACCUUCGCGCGACGAUGGGGCAAGAAAGACUAAACAAUGCCAUACUGCUAAACAUUUACCAGUCAGAGUUUGACGAUCUUGACAUCCAUGGAAUUGUAAAGAAAUUUGCAGCCUGUCACGAACGUAGAAAGGCCUUUUUUGGCUCCUUCGAUUAA